CCUGGCCGCCGCGCGGUGCCUUCGGCGCGCGUUCAGAUACGCGCGUCCCGACGGCCGGCGUCUCAGUGUCGUCGCGACGACCGACGUCGUACCCGUCGUUCCGACGUCGACGGUCCUCCUGGCGGUUCGUUCUCUGCCUCUGUCGAUUUUCCCUCCGUUUACCGUUUCGUGCUCGUCUUCGGCAUCUCUUCGGGGCUGUCGCGCGUUUCGCAGCUCGCGAUCACACCCGUUCCUACUGUUCGCGGCCCGUGAAAAACUCGAGGGAGCUCGAUCGAAGCUCGAUCGAGUGGUACGGUGCGGAGUGCGCACGAACCGAUCGAGCAAACCCAUUGGCAGGCAACCAGAUCCUCGGAUCGAGUGGAUCAGUGUCGAGGCUCGUCGUAGUACCACCGAUUAACCCCGUACUCUGUGCAAUCGAAACGAUCGGUUCAGUGACCGAGGAGUAACGCUAAUUCGUUGGUGACUAAUUCGCCGGGAACGCGAAUAUCGUUCCUCUAGGAACGACUCGCGACGGUCCUCGGAGGAUCAGCUGACCGCGCCAGCCGCGGCUGAAAGUCGAUCUCGUCGCGGCUCCUCUCGUGGAAUUCGCGACGGCUCGAAACCUCCGCGCGGGUUUACGGACGACUCUUUCGUCGAGUCCCACCGGUGAGACGUCGAAUCGGGCACUCAAGGAUUACACCCCGACGAAUCGAAGAGAUCAUCCUCGGUGUCUGCGAGACGAAUAAAUCCUGCGGAGUUCCGACCACCGCGAAGAAAUACUACGGAGAAAGCUGCGCCGAUCUCUCUCCAGGCUGGUACCGCACCGAAGAGACCGAAUCCCGAAGUGGAUCGGGUACGACAGAUCGAAACGUUCGAAGAGAGUUUUGCGCGGGAAAGGUUGGACCGACUCGAGGUCGGUUCGUCGAUCGGAUCCAGACGAAACAGGGGGUGGGAAAUAGCGAGAGAGACAGGCGGUGGUGCAGAUGAGGCCACGAUCAAUCUGCGACAGGGUGGCGGAGGAGUAUUGCGACCCUGACGGUUGUUACUGCGAGAAUCGGUGCUUCUGACAGCCGGACGGCAGGAGGGACAGACAGACGGUAGUGUGCCACAGCAGCCGCAGUGCUUGCGAAUACUCGAUGGAUGAGUUCCAUCCAUUCAUUGAGGCCCUCCUACCAUUCGUGAAGUCUUUCUCGUACACGUGGUUCAACCUACAAGCAGCCAAGAGGCGUUACUACAAGAAGCACGAGAAGCGGAUGAGUCUCGAAGAGGAACGACAGUGCAAGGAGGAACUCCAGAACGAGAAGCUGGAGGUGAAACAGAAAUGGGCCUCGCGGCUUCUAGGAAAAUUACGAAAAGAUAUCACGCAGGAGUACAGAGAGGACUUCGUACUGAGUAUCACCGGGAAGAGGCCAGCCAUGUGUGUCUUAAGUAAUCCUGACCAGAAGGGUAAAAUGCGUCGGAUCGAUUGCCUGCGUCAAGCCGACAAGGUAUGGAGGUUGGACCUGGUAAUGGUGAUCCUCUUCAAGGCAAUUCCGUUGGAGUCGACGGACGGGGAACGGCUGGAGAAGACUGCGGAAUGCGCUCAGCCGGGCCUCUGCGUCAACCCCUAUCACAUCAACGUCUCCGUCCGGGAACUCGAUCUCUACCUCGCCAAUUUUAUCACCAGCCACGAGGUCCUAAACGGCAUCUGCAACGCGAGCAAGGAGGAGGAGAGGCGGCGAAAAGGUACAGGCUACCACGAACUAUAUAACGGUGUUGUCUGCAAUGACACGAUCCUUGCGACGGGUGUCUUCAGCUCCAAGGAGCUCUGGAUGCUUUCAAAAGCGUCCAUACUGCAUGACCUCAGCGACAUGCAGCCUCAAAUAAACGCGAUCAAAAUAGAGCACCCGCCGUACUACUGCAGCAGCUACACCCCUCCGUCCGCAGCCACGGCCGCGGAUCAUGCUCAGCCAGCGGCUAGCUUCAGCCCGCCGCCGGUGCAUCAGCUCAUAAGGAACGACAAGACUGAAAAGCCCCCGACCGUUUCCGUUUCGAGCGCGCCAACCUUCUCGCCAGUCCUCAGGCCCGAGGACGGCCAUCGUGGAAUGGACUCUCCGCAUUCGCAAACGGGAUUGCACUCACCGCACGAAGGACUAGCCGGUGGUUCCGGUCAGAGUAUGUCCGGGCUCGCCUACUAUCAGCCGGAGCACCCUGCCUCCGCGGGGGUGGUCAAAUACCCCGAGAACGGUCACGACACCCUCUCGGAUUUCGUGACGUUCGUCUGCCAGGAGGCCGAGAAUACUCAGCAACUGCCCCAGGCGCAGCUAGCCGGACCCCGCACUGGUAUACAAAAGUUCUCACAGUAUUACCCGAGCUCGAUGCUACCGCCACCCCCGCCAGCCCCGAUGGCGAGGCCAGUAGCCAUAAUCAGGUCGACGGGCGAACUGACGGCCGCGAGCUCGAACUCGCCUCCUACCUCGUCGACGUCGCCGACGGACCCAUCGGAACUUGCGUCGAACCAGGAACAAAUGGCGGCCGCGGCAGCGGUGGGCCUGGUCGGCUCCGGCUGCCAGACCUCCGUCGAUCCUGCGGGCAGGAAGAGUCCGGCCAGGAUCCUCGUCACGGCACCCCACACCAGCCGGGAGUACACCUUUGCUCACUUCCACUCCCAGCCUGGACAGCAAAUAUUCACGUAUCCCACCAUCGGCUCGAUGUCGGGGGUGAUCUCACCGACGAACCUGUCCCUGUUUUCGUCGCCCGUUUCGGUGACGAGGCCGGUGGCUACCCAGAGAUCGGUAUCGAACGUACCACCCCGCUGGAACACUGCACCCUUCAUCAACCUGGAGGACGACUACAACAUGAUGGCUCCGAUCAUCACCGGGACCGCCAGCGAACCGCCAUCCGCCAUGGACGAAGAACGAUACUUUCAUCCGGUGCACACGAGCAGCGUGGUGGACAAAAGCGGCGGUAGCAUGAUGGGCGGCGAUCUCGGGGUGACGGGGGACCCAACGUCCCACCAUCAUCAGUCCCAGCAGCAGCAGCAGCAGCAGCAGCAGCAACCUCAGCAGCAGCAGCAGCAACAACAGCAACAGCAGCAACAACAACAGCAGCAACAACAGCAACAAGUGAUGCAAGACAAAAGCGGCCGACCGAAGUCUCCCCCGUGACACUGGAGGCUCAGACCGGAAAGUUUCGAGAAGCUCGCAUGUUCCACGGGGUCGUUACUCACCACCGCGUACGAUAAUAACCCUGAGCCGGAUGGGAAUCGCCAGGAUUCCUCGUGUCGUGUUCAGCUUCGCGACUUAAGCCCGCGGAGAAUCGAGUGCCUGAGAGUCUGAUCGUAGUUUAAGCCGACGCCGCCGAGGGAUCGAGGAACUUCCGGCGCGCGAUACCAGUCGUGAGGGUGGGAGGGCCGCGCGACUGCUUCGAAGGCGAAACCGACGGCCGCGGAUGGCGCGUCGGUCUAUCGUCGGUCGAGCCUCGCGAAUCGCGAGGCAAACUCUUUGAUCCUCCGAGGACUUGUGCUUCGCGCACAUUCGGGAUCCGUUCUCGACCUAGGAAAUAUUCCGCGUUGUGAAUUUUCAACUUUCACGGUUCAACGUCUCCGUUGCUCUGUCAUUUUCACGUAUCCACAAGCAACGGAAACACUUAAAUAUCCCCGCUAAACGUACGUAUAUAAUAUAUCGAACUUGUUUUCGCGCUUGGUUACGGGAUGUUCGUCGUCUGUAAAACUAGAUCGGUUGAAAAUAGUUGGAGAUCGUAACGAGUAACGGAAACCCAGCAUGCUCGAAGGACUCGUUUCUGCCUCGGGGGGUUAACGUUUCGGUCAAUUAAUUAUUACUCUGUUCGUCGAAGCAUCGACGCAAAAGCCUCCGCUACCGGAACCAUUCUUCUACUCCCUCGCCGCGGUAUAAUUCGUAACUCUGUCUCUCCCUCUCUCCCUCUCUUAAGUGUCCUCGAAGGACGUGAGUAAGGACCCCGAAACUUCGUCUCCUAUUCGAACGUUUCCGAUCGUCGCCGAUCGGUCCCGUCGACUGGACCAUAGACGAUUUAACGAAAAGAAAAAAAAAACUAAAAAAAAAAACGAGAAAAAUAUGAAAUCGUAAACGAACACGAAAGAAUUCUUAUAGAAUCGUCGUUUUCGCGCGAUUAUUGAUAACGAUGUGUCCUAUUCUUCCUGCUUCGAAGCCCUUCGAAAGAAAAGCGUUUUUGUACAUACACGCGGCCCCGUUCGUUACAUCCGGAUUCGCGAGCGCGGUAUUUUGUAAAAUUUUAGAGGACUUUAGAGUAGCGAGUGACGUACACGGAGACACACACGAACAUACACACGCGCACACAGACACGGUGAACACGAAUCUGCACGCUCUUCGAAGAGGAGGUUAGCAAAACAAACGGAGACAACGAACAAACAAAAAUGAAGACGAGAAAAAAUUUCUAGUGCCAAUCGAGUAGCUUAUAAAUAUUAUAACGAAAUUAUAAUUUUUCUAUUAUAUUUUUUUAUAAUAUUUAUGAAGGAACACACACGCUUGUUUAGACGCGACGGUGAAGGAGGUGUUUAGUCGAGACGCGACGGAAGCUUCUUCUCGGUGAUCGAGCGUUUAUACGAAAGGAAAAAAAAAAAAUAAGAAAAAAAUGGUCGAGGGGAUCCGAUCGACGAGUCGGUCAAAUCUAACCGGUCCACGACCCACGGAUAAUAAUAAUUAUUAUAAUAAUUAUAAUAAUAACAAUAAUAAUAAUAAUAACAACAACAACAACAACAAUAAUAAUAAUGAUUAAUAACUUUAUAAAGAAAAUGUAUCGUUAUAAUCGCCUAAUGCUCAGGCUAGUGCUAACACUAGUGAACAGAGAAACAGAGAUGAAAAGACUAGUGUGGACUAGUCACCAGAGGCUGCUAGUUAGAAACAAAGUAAAUAUUUAAUAUUGAUUAUUUGGUAAAUUAAGCGGUUAACUAAUUUACGAGAUACGUUAUCGAUAAUACGUCGAGUGACGACGACGAAGAAGCCGCGCGGAUGAUGUCGAAGCAGAGAAGGAUGUGCAACGAAACAGUGAACGAAGAUACGGGACGCAAAGAGCAACUCGAGAUAGUGAGAGAUUAUCUAUAAUUCUAUUAACUAUUAGGAAUUUAGCGUGCGUCAUGGAGAUUGCGCGAAAUCGAACUCGACGACAACGAACAAAGGUCCUAACUAUGUAUUAUUGUCCAAAGUGCUUUCCGUCGACUGUGCGUUAAAGGGGGUGUCCGACGACGAGAAACAAACUCUGGGAUCGUUACCCUUCCGCUGCCGAUCACAACGCUUACAAAUCGGAAAAUUACGAUACCUCUCGCUUCGAAUAGAUGCCAGAUGACUCGAUAAAGAUAGACGUCCAAAAAUUCGAUUCUAGUCAAAAUUGUUCGGAUCCAAGGGAUGUUCGUUUAAAGAGUCGGUAGCCAAAGGGUCUCGAAACCAAGCACGAGGGGUGACUUGUUCCGUUUGUAACUCCUAAGAUAUCUACUCUCAUGGAAGCCCUUAUUAAAAUCCGCUUAAUGUACUCGUUAGACGAUCGGGUAGUUUCGCGGCAGUUUUUCUUGAGUUUGUCGAGUCACUUUACUGUUUUUUUUUCUCUUCGAGUGCCGUUAAAAGGGUUCGGCGACCUCUUGCCUAUUACCGACGAACGUUCGAUCAUCGAUCGUCGAUCGAUGACUCGCGCCCCUUGCCGAAACGACUGCAAACCUCGUUUUACCUCGUUUUUACCUCGCCAGAAACACGAUGGCGAUCGUUUUACGAGACGAUGGUUGAUUUUUCGUUGUACGCUUCCUAUCCCGAUGGUUGACCUUGUUUGCUUGGGUGCUUUUGCGCGCGCUUUCGAUACACUCGGCUCGUCGAACGUUGAUACAACGCUGAAUCGACACCUCCCAUUUAGUGUUUCCAUUAGAAAUGAAUUUCAUUCUAAGACGGCGAUGUAGACGAUACAAGAUUCUUCGAUUGGAAGCGUAAAUUUGUUGAGUUAUUCGAAACUUACCAAGUACCACGCGUCCUCUAGACCUUUCUAUUGCGAGUAGGCAAAGGGUAGCAAGAAACGAGACAAAAGCAUGUUACUAGAAAGCCCCAGCGUUGAGUCGGGACAAAUGACACAACGAGAAGAAAGGGGUGGCAGGCACCCUGUCAAUCGGUUCGUAGCGAUAGUACAAAGAUCGAGUGUAGCAAUAACGAGCGUCGAUAAGAAUUGGCGCGGUGAUACAACGUUACUAUUCCUAUAAAUGCUUCUACCACUAUUAACGCUAUACGAAGCGACGAUAAUACCGCUUCGACUAUUGUGAAUACUACGAGGAGACUAUUACUACUAUUAUCUACUACCGUACCGCAAUUACCACCACUACCAGCGCAAUCGACAACAGCACCGCCAUUGAACAAGCGAUACCACUUUAAUAUCACCACCACCACUACUCUACCACUAUUACUACUAUUACUACUACUACUACUACUACUACUACUACUACUACUACUAUUAUUACUACUACUAUUACUAUUACUACUACUACUACUACUACUACUACUACUACUACCACUACUACUACUACUACUACUACUACUACUACUACUACUACUAUUACUACUACCACCACUACUACUACUACUAUUACUACUAAUUACUACCAGCGCUAUUAUAAAACUGUAAACACUACUAUUAUUACCGCUACUCUACUAUUAAUUAUAAAGGCGAGAGGAAAGGGUCACUACCGCAUAAAACUGUUACUAUUACACCGCCUACUCGCUAUUAACGUCGAUACACCAGUUACCGCGAAUCGAGGAGGAACGCUACUACCGCUAACUACUACUACUAAUUAACUACUAAUUGCUUUACGACUACGGUUACUACGGGAGAAAACGAUUAUUAAUGUAAAUAUUUGAAGCGAGGCGUUAGGGUACGUUGAAGCCGACGCAGGGUGUGUCGCUCCGAAUCGUCGUCGAAUCGUUGGCGUUGCCAAACGCGACAGCGAAUCGAAUUUCGACUGACAUCGCCGAUAGUAUUUCCACGGACGAAUUUUGUUCGAAAUACCAAUCCUUGGAAUACUUACGACUGCAACUAUAGCUUUCUAACUGACGUAGUUUGAAUCGAGGUUGAUAAAUUAAUUUUGUAAAAAGUAAAAAAAAAACUAUUUCGGGAAUAUUCUGCGUCGCCAUUAGUUGGAACGCGAACGAUUCGCACGGUGGCUCAACACCAAAAACGUGUAUAAUAGAUAUUAUUGCGCACACAGGCAGGGAGACAGACAAACGAACCCGUAUCCUAGAUUCGAAGAAAAUCUAGAACGAGCACACUAGAUCCGUUCGAUCGAGGAUCUCGAUCCCUCGGCUGGGAGUUCCUUUGAACCUUUAAUUCGAGCAUGCAACGUUGGAUUAUAAUUUCAGAAGUAAGUUGAAAGAAAGGAAACGAGAAAACUUUGAACAAAUACGAAUUUACCUAAAGAUUCGAUUCGGAAAGUUUCGGCUGCGAAAGGAGGCGAAGAAGGAUGGUCGAGGGAUCGAAGAAACGAUCACGUUAGACACGUAAGAAAUUGUAAUACUUUCCUCGAUGCCAAUAGGGAUUGCAACGAGACACCUCGUGUUCUAAUUUUGUUAAACGGGGACACCGACGAUUACGCGUACCAAAUCCACGGGGAACUAUAACAAUAAACGAAACCAGGGUGGUUCGGGAUACGUACACGCUGCGAACGCUCUUUUCUCGCUGAUUUUAGUUCGUCGUACGCGGCCUGAUAGCUACGAUUUUAGGGGAUAGAGUAGAGUGCCAAUUAAGGUAGAACGAAUUGUAAAGUAGCUUUAGGUCUUCCCGACGAAGUUGCAAGGUGCUUUUAGGAAGAUAUAUUGCGCGAAGAAGAAUCGAACGGUGACGAUUCGCGGUCACGUCCGCGACGAGCUGUUUGCUCCCACCCUACCAGGUUUCCGCUCAAGGCGAAGUCCCAUUCGAGGCGACGUCGUGUUGUUUUUCCUCGGGGCAUCCACUGGAGCAUUUUGUAUAGCGUCUCGAGCUGCCUUGAACCGAAAGUGCAUUAAAAAAUCGUCCGCACCGCAGCUCGAACGGGACUACCGCGCGGAGGGAAUCGCUUUCCCGAGUGGUUUAGCUUCGUACCGUUUACGAACGAUGCACGCUAUCCGAUUCUUUACAAAUUCUUAUGGUGGACGGGCGACACGAUUCCGAAUAGUUGUCGGGUUUAUUCUUUUUCUGUUCGCGUUAAUGCGUUUAUAGAAAACAGACUAGACUCGAGCCAGCGGGCUCUAAAAACGAAAAGGCUUUAAUUUUAAAGGAACCGAACGAAAGAAAGCGAUCUCCGACCGCGACCGGAAGUGCCCGCGGCCGUGGCAGUGCGCACGAGAACUUUUUCUACGUAAGAUAGAUUUUUCUCUAGUAGAGUCGGGGGGGGAGGGAGGGAGGGAGGGAGGGUGUGGUAACGGCGAGGCGAGAGGAACGACACGUGUGGAUUAGCGAUAACGUUUCGAGGGUGAAAAACGACUCGAUAUCCCGGGCCACCCACGCUGAACUUUCCCAUUUCGGAUGCUCCGCCGAUUUCGGAAAUAUCCAGGGGGUGAAAGUAGUUGGUGAAGAAUUCGAUGCGAAACUCUUGGGUAGAGGGGGUGAGAAUCGAGACGUAGGCGUCGGUAAACGUGCAAUUAAGCGAAAAGCGAGAAACGAUCGAAGUAUAACGUUUUGCUAAAAGCUAAGCUCGCCAACGGAGAUGGACAAAAUUUCUUAUCCGGCCGAAAAUCUUCGAAUAACGAAUUAAAGGUAAACCACUUCUGAUCCGUUGUUUGUCGAGUAAGGAUUACGAUUUAAACGAGGAAACGAAAUUUGUCCGUACGGCUAUAAUUAGGAGUUUAUUACUCGAACGAAAUCCUGCCCAUCUCUGCUCGCCAGGAACUGAAGAUUCACGACGAACGAUUGAUUUAACGUAGGGAGUAGUAAGAUGAUAAUUGUUUCCGUGUUUUUGUUUCUAUUUGUGGGUGGGGAGACGUACGUCGACGCAUCGUGGACGGAUCGCGAUUUAUCUCGGAUUUGCCAUGUAUCAGCGAACGAUACUUGCUCUGUAACGAGUCGAGCAGACAAAUGUUAUUGAAAGAGAUAUGAUACUUGUUGUAAAUGUCCGCGGUGCGUUGAGAGGGUUCGAUAGGAAUAUAGGGUGCACGCGAGGCGCAAGUUCAGCUACGAGAAUAACGAUAAUAAUAUAAAAAUCUAACGAUACCUAACGGUUACCGAUAAUUGUAAAACGAGAGCGACUACGGCGAUGAUAACAUAGUGCGAUUAUUAUUAUUACUAUUAACUACGGCAAUACGAUGAUAUACAUAUAUUAUAAUGAAAUACAAUAUAUUUAUCGAAUAUUUAUUGAGCAAACGAAAUAGCACACUGUGUAGUAUGGUUGUACAAAGUAGGCGACGAGGUGAAAACGCGCGAGCGAUUUUUUCUUUUUUUCUUUUCCGGUCGGACGAUGGCGCCGGAGAUUUACGAAGAUUCGCGAAGGGGGCGUUGUUGGUGGUUACAGUCGAAGAGGGUGCUUUUACGAAUUUUUACGUUAGCUUACGUUUAGUACUUCCCUUGUAUUUUUAUUCGUACCCCGACACGAUUUUUAAAAAAACUCGUUUACGUGAUGCGUAGUCUUCUCUUCGCAACUUUUACAUUUUUUCCAUUCGAUCUCCCGAUCGAUUGGGUUUUUUUUUUUUUUUUUUUGGAAAGAGCGCCCCAAUACCGACACUGGACACGGCGAGAAGGGCACGCCGAAGACGCGGCUGGCGUGUCACGGGGGUGGCUCGGCGCUUGCGUGUAUUUUCGUCACACGAUCCUUUUUUUUACGAUUGUGAACGAGGUUCAUGUUAUAUAUCAGGGAUUAGACUAAAUAGUAUAAUACGCUGCGAACGAAGGUGGCAAGAAAAAUGAAAAAAAAAAAAAAGAGAGAGAAAUUAAUAGCCGAGGGUGGUUAGCCUUUGGGGAGAGGCGGGGCGAGGAGAGAGCCGUGACAAAGGUGGUGAUAGUGGUAACCGAAAGGGGCGAGACGCGUCUCGCGUCUCCGUAGAAAGCUCGACUAUGGAGAAGCGAGAUUUGCUUUUCUUUAUAGAGUUUCUGUUGUCGAGUUUACGAGUGGGCGCAAUAGUAGCCAACCGGAAUAAAAUUGCGACUCCGUUGACUUCUCCGAUAAGAUUAUACGGAGUUCCCUUUCUAUGGAGACGUGCGGUUUAUCGAUCGUUGAGACUUAAUGCUUAAGAGAAACCUCUUGUGAUAAGCGUGGAGGGGAGACCUCCGCCCGCGGUUGGGCCUGUAAAAAAAAAAACACGCAAAAAACCAUACAAAGAAGUUAAAAAGUGGAGAGAAACAGAGAGAACCGAGGGUGUGUAAUAACGACCUUAAUAUUCGCGACUGGAGUUGGCAACCCUCCGACGAAGGGACACUGACAAGGGAGAGGCUUCUUUGUCACCUUACCGCGCCAAUUAUACGUUGUGUCCAUACUGUCUCAAUUAAUAUAAUGUAUUAUAUUAUAUAUAUAAUAUAUAUAUUAUAUAUAUAUAUAUCCGACAAUAUUGAUUAUUAAAAAUUCUUAAUAUAUAAAAAGAAAAAGAAAA